CUGAUGUGCUGAUUUCCCUGAUUAGGCUAUGCUAAGAUAAAAAUGCUUUACUUUGUCAUAGUGUAUUAGGAAAUUUUAUAUUUUAUGGUGUAAUCUUAGCUUUCGGAUCGGCUUAUCGCUGUUGUCUCCUACUAUCAGGUUAUUGAUAUGAACACGGCGGAUAUCGAGCAGACACCUGCGUCAAAGUUGCUCAAAAGCGGUACGCAAAUAGCGCACGAUUUGGUAGCGCAGUCACCAACGGCUGUUCGGCUCCUUAGUGCCCAAAUGCCAUUCUCUACUUUCGUCAAGUACACGAUAUGGUUGCAUGAGUUGUAUGAUACACUGGAAAUAGCUAUACAGAAGAACAGUAGCGAUCCACAUUUAUCCCCUCUGAGCAGACUCGAUGUAUUGGCUAGAGCACCAGCGUUGAAGAGCGAUUUGACAAAUUUAUUGAGUGCAUCAACUAAAGAAUUCCAAAGCGAAAAAGGAGAGCAAAAUUGGCGUGAACAUCCCUUCGCAGAAGCUGUUUUGAAGCAGUUACCACCAAGUUUACAGACAUACAGGGAGAGGAUUGCUUCAGCGGAUGGCUUACAACUCGCUAGCCAUGCUUAUGUACGCUACCUUGGUGAUCUUAGUGGUGGUCAAAUCAUUCAGAGGAAGUUGGGCAAGGCAUACAUGUUAGAGCAACUGGACGCUAAGCAGUUCUAUGAUUUCCCACCACUAGACCCUAGCCAGGAAUAUCCAGCCAACGCAGCCGAAGUUAAGAAUAUAAAGAACUGGUUUAGAAAAUCUUUAGAUAUCAUCGCGCAAUCGGUUGAGGAGAAACAAAUACUUAUAGACGAAGCUAGCAAAGCGUUUAUCUUCAACAGUGAUAUGUUCAUCGAUCUGGAGAAGCACUCAGUUACAACACCAGAGCUGUCGUUGCCUGCUGAACAGUCUACAACUCAGACAGCACGGAUAGAACAAACAGCACCCGCAGAUCAAACAUAUCUGAGAAUAAUAUUUGCCUUGUUGUUAAUCUUAGUGAUUGGCUAUUUUUACCUCAAGUAAUCAUACAUUUGUACAGUAAUUUCGCUUUGUUUUUAUAAUAGAUAGUGUUUUAUCAUA